AUGGGUGUGGGUCGUGGUGGUCUUGUGGCUGUGAAAGGAAGAGGGGAAACCAUGGUUAGGGACUACAGACGAUGGCUUUGGUCAAUAGUGGAGAGGCAGCUGCUCGAGUGGGUGAAGCUUGGUGAGGGCUUGUAUUCAGCUAGGGUGACCUUAUGGCUUAGAAGGGCUAUGAUAGCUCUUUUUGGUGGCUUGGAGCUGCUUGUCAUGGAGGAGCUGAAUUGGGUGAAGAUGGCGUGGGAGGUGGCUAAUGAGGAGGCACCGUGGGAAGAAGAUGAUGAAAGUAAGGGUGUUUGA